AUGCGUUCUUUCUACCUCUUGACUGCUCUUCUGGCCGUGCACGCCUCCUCGUGGUUUGGCUCAGACCCCGAAUAUUCAAAGUGGUCCCAGUCCGAACUCACCCACUGGCUCGAAUCCCACCAGAUCAAGACCCCCUCUUCCUUCUCCCACUCGCACCUCAUCGACCUCGUCCAGGCAAACUGGGCCUCUCCUCCUCCCCCUCCCCCGUCCUAUGCAGAUGCCUCCAAGCAGUGGACCUAUGACCAAUACUCGCGUGCUCAGAAGUCCUUCUCGGAUAUCCGUGACUCGUCCUUCGACUCCUGGGAUGAAUCUCGCCUUCGCGAAUUCCUCCUAGAUCACGGCGUCGUCGCCCCCGCCGGCCCGCGAGAACAGCUCGUCCUUCUCGCAAAGCAAAAGUUCAGGUCAUACAACGAUGCUGCCUCGUAUUACUCCUCUAUCGCAUCCGCUACCGCAUCUAGCAUGUACUCGGGCGCAGCAGAUACCGCAACCCAAGUUACGAAAAGUGUUGGAAGUAUCGCCGCUCAGGCUACCAGAGAUGCUGGUCGUGCCGUCGAUGAUUCAAAGGACUAUAUUUAUUCAACAUGGGACGACAACACUCUCAGAAAGUGGCUUGCAGACAAGGGCGUCGUACAAGCUAAAAAAGCGUCUACCCGCACGGAGUUGCUCAACCUCGUUCGCGAAUAUUAUGCAAAGGCAACCGAUCCCAUCUGGUCAUCCUGGUCUGACUCUUACAUCCGCGAUUGGCUUAUCUCUCACAACAUCGUAAAAUCAGAUUACGAAGCAUCUCGUGACAGCAUGUACAAACAGAUGAAGGAUUAUUAUUACAACACUUCAGAUUCGGUUUACUCCUCCUGGUCAGACAGCCAGCUCAAACAGUGGUGUGUAGACCAUGGCCUUGCUAAAAGCGAUGCACAAGUUAACAGAGACAAGCUUAUGAAACUUGUCGAGGAUAAUUAUUCCUCCGCAUCGGAUAGCAUCUGGGGUGCUUGGAGCGAUAGCGACAUGCGUUCUUGGCUAGUCGAGCACGGAUACACAAAAUCCGACAAGCAGCUCAAGCGUGAGGAGCUCGUAAAACUGAUUAAUUCAAAGUACAAUGACGCUUCGCAACGCAGCGCUACCUACCUUGUCUGGCCGGAUGCCCGACUCAGAGCAUACCUGCGUGAACAAGGUGUAUCCGACAACGCCCUCCCCACGUCCAGGCCAGGUCUUUUGCAGGAAGUGCGCAUUAGAUGGGUACAAACGUCGACGCGCGCCGAGACUUUGUAUAAUAAACUGAAGGAGAUUAUAAAUGGAGGCGUGGAAGCUGCAGAGGAAAAGUUGGCUAGAAUAUUUGAGGUGAGGCUCAAGUUGCUCGGUUCUUUUCUGGCCCUCGGGUUAUUGGCUGCUAUCUGCUACCAAUUUCUCUUGAGUGGCACGUCUCAUGAUCCGAUCAAAUGGGGACAAGAAAAGGCGAGUGACGCACAUGAAUAUGCUACUGAGAAGGCAGACAAGGGCAAGGGUUGGGCGUCGUGGGGCCAAGGAAAGGCACAGGAAGGAUACGAUGCUGCUGGCGAAAAAAUGCAACAGGGAAAGGAAUAUGCACGAGAGAAGACGGGGGACGCACGGGCCUAUGCAACCGAAAAGGUAGACCAGGGCAAGGGCUGGGCGUCGUGGGGCCAUGGAAAGGCGCAGGAAGGAUAUGAUGCUGCUGGCGAAAAGGCCGAACAGGGCAAGGACUUUGCACGAGAUAAGACAAGAGAGACAAGGGAUUAUGCGAAUGAGAAGAAGGAGAGAGGUAAGGGUUGGGUGUCUUGGGGGGGUAAUAAGGCGCAGGAGGGAUAUGACGCCGCUGGGGAAAAAGUGGAUCAGGGUAAAGGCUUUGCAGGAGAGAAGGUAGAGCAAGGGAAAGGGUAUGCGAAAGAUAAGGUGGAUGGUGCGAGAGACUAUGCGGGGUCGAAGGUACAGCAGGGAAAUGAAGCCAAGGAUACUGCGUGGUUGUGGGGUGGUGAAAAGAUGAAGGAGGGUGGUGAAAAGGUGAAGGAGGGUGGUGAAAAGGUGAAGGAGGGUGGUGAGAAGGUCAAGGCGACGGGGUCGAAGGUAAAGGGCGAAUUGUAA